UCGUGGUUACACGUCAGCCGGUUUUAUGACUCAAACACAGCAGCUUUGCGGUACGGACCCGUGUACAGGAAAGUGUCCUUAUUACGGGCUUAUCGCAGCGCGCCUUCUUUACCUUGGCAAUAGGGACAGUGUAGGUAGGUGUGUGCUUUUUGUGUAUUGCAACUUGUUGAAUCGCAGUACCCUGCCCUGUGCGGAAAGUGCGCAGCGUUCAAGGUUCAGGAAGAUAAGGAGAGGUGAACGGCUGACGCGCAGCUCGUGUUAUGUUACCCAACGGCUCGUAUCACAUUACUGUCGGCAGCAGGUAGGCUGUAUUCAGAUUGCCGUGCCUCCUCCAAGCAGGAACUGGGACUGAAAAAGGCGUGUUGGAGAAGCUAAAGCGCCUAGCCGAACCCUUCCUGUUGUUUUGGAUUGGAAGAAGAGCGUUACCAUGGGUAAGAAGACGCAAGGCGCCUUGUUGCUUCUGCUGUGUUUGUCAGGACUCGUUCACUGCUCAGCCGCCAUGGUUUUCUGGACUGCUGUGGUGGAAGUCAACUAUUUCAUCAGCCCCAACAAGACUGUGGAGAAAGACUGCGAGUGCGGACUGUUCGGCGGAAAUUCGCCGCUCGCUGAAGCCGCGGGUGUUGUCGUUCUCCCCACGGGAGAUCCCAAAGGCUGCGGCCCAGAUCCUGCAUACAACGCCAGCGCCUUCCCCUGGAUAGCGCUGAUCAAACGGGGAAACUGUACGUUCAGCGAGAAGAUCAACGGAGCCAAACGUCAAGGAGCAUCCGCCGUGGUGGUGUACAAUGUGGACGGCAGCGGCAACAGCUCCACUCAAAUGACGCACUUUGAGGCUCUGGAAAUUGUCUCCAUCAUGACCGGCAACAUUAUAGGCGCGGAGAUCGCUGGCUUGGUGAGGAACGGAACGGAAGUGCGCAUGAUCAUCCACACGGGCAGCCCUCACGGCCCCUGGAUGGACAACUACUGGAUUUACUUCAUGUCCAUCGCCUUCUUCAUUGUGACAGCCGCCUCGGUGGCAUACUUCUUGUUCAUCUCGGCGAACCGCCUCUACAACAUGCGCGCCCACAGGCGAGCUGAGAAGAAGCUGAAGUCCGCGGCUAAGAAGGCCAUCGGCUGCCUCAAAGUGCGCACGCUGAAGGGAGACGACCAGGAGACGACGAGCGACUCGCACAUGUGCGCCGUGUGCAUCGAGUCGUACAAGGCGGGCGAGGUGGUGACCGUGCUCACGUGCGAUCACAUUUUCCACAAAGCCUGCAUCGAACCGUGGCUGCUGGAGAAAAGGACCUGCCCCAUGUGCAAAUGUGACAUCCUCAAGGCUCUCGGAGUUGAGGAGGAGGAGAAGGAGACCAUGUCCCGAGCUCCGCUACAAGAGGCCACCGUCAUCACAGUGGCGGGCGGGGAGGCCAUGUAUGAAGUCCCACUAACCGACCCACUGAACUCUGACCAUGAGAGACAACAGCAUCACUAUGACAACAGGGCCUUUGAGGAGGAGGGUGCCAGAGGACAGUGACAGAACCACGGCGGAGAGAAAAUUCAAAUUAGCAGGUUCAAAUCAAUAUGCUUCUUUUCACAAUCAACGAGUCUCCUCUUUGGAAUACAGUGAACCACCCUGCAAAUCUGCCCCCCCCCCCCCAAAAAAGGUUUGUAAAUACCUAUAUAUGCCACAAGAUGGUAGCAAAGCACUACUUGUGUCUAAAUGAAACGUCAACAUAGUUCCGUGACACCAAGAGGACAGCAGAUGGCACAAAUGUAACAGUUGUUGCCUUUGCUUCGGCACCUUUUAAGCAAAUAAUGGAAGCCAGCUAAACAGGCAAAUUUGCAAAUAUCCAGGGCUUCACUGUCACCGCACAGGAUGGUGUUGAAAUAGAUACACUUAGUAAUGGUACUGCACCUUGUGUAAUUACCUUGGAUGCCAAUUAAGGGCGUGUUCAUCAAGUUAUUGUUCAGCACGAUGAGUAAGUCGAGUCAUGUCGGGGCGAGUGCAAAUGGUUCAAUUCGGCUUUGCAGAGUCAUCUCUGUUAAGGAAGUAAGUGCCACAAAAUAUUGCUGGUCAGUUUCCGUCUUCUGAUUGAAACCUUUUCAAGAGUAGCCCAUAUUUUUUGUUUUUGUUUGGUUUGCUUUGCCGGUACAUAAACAUGGCAAAGCACAGACCAGGUCGUCAAGCAGGAUUUGUAAACACACCCUUGGCUGGAAAUGCAGUAUGACACAUUCUACUGUGGUGAAUGGAAAACAUCACUGCAGGGCCUUCUGGGACUCCUUACAAAACCUAAAUAUAUGUACAUGUUAGAACAUUUUAACUAUUUCCGUGUUGAUUCUGUUUAUCUUAUAUAAACGGAAAAUCCCUUUGUCACAUGGACCAGCAAUAAAUGUCAAAGUGGAGAUGACAUCUGCGAUAAUGGUGAUUGUAUAUUUGUCUAUUGGGGGGAAAUUCUAUUUGUGUACUUGUUUUAAAUGAUACCCAUAUUUUAAGAUAAAGGUGGGACUUGUUUAUGACUUGUCUGUAAGAUGUCUGCACAAAUGCACAUAAGAGCAGAUUAGGGUGAAUUAAUUGAAUCCCUGACUGUCUUUCUUCAAAUUCUCAUCUGGCUACAUUUUGGGAUAGGCUCAAGAUACAUGCAAUACAUGAGAUGGCACCCUAUAUACUGUAUAUUUUUGUAUUCCGAUCAUUCUGUUAUGGAUUUUAGGACUCUUAAAUCCUUCUGUAACAAAGACUAUCAUUUCUUGUAUGAAAUCACAUUGAUGCGUCUCACAAUGCAAUAAACCCCUCAAAAUGAGGCUGAUUAACAUCGGA